AGUCUCAGACACGCUGCUUGCUGGUGCUGUGCCAGUCACAAUUUCAGAGAAGCUAAGGAGGUGAACCUGCAGGGGCGGCUGUGUGUGGGAUCCCUACCGCGAGCACCAAGUGUGUGGAUGCCAUCUACGGCUGCUUUCAUUGCUGCUGGAUGAGGAGAGGCUGGGAGAAGAAGAGGCCAGAUAAAAGUGAGGCUGUGUAUGACGGAUACCUGGUCUCAUAUACUUCUCCAGAAUUUGGCUUCAGAGACUAGAAAGAAAAAAAAAAAAACAAACAAACAAAACUUGUUUGAACAGAAGGCGUUUCUCUUCCUUCAAUUCAUGUCAGCUUAAAGCCGGACGGACUCCACCCCUCCCUUUCCCUCCUCUGCUCUCUGAAGUGGCCAGAUGGAAGGCAAGGCCAGCACUCCUGGCCCAGAUACCUGAACAAGGAGGCUAUGUGACAUCCACGUCAAGAGACUUGCUCUCUUCACACGCGCUUCUGGGAGCCAGCCGAGCACCACUAUGAAGACCUGCCGUGGGCGACUGCAUCCCUGGAGUCUGGGCGUCCUGGUUUUGACUGCGUUGGCAUUGCUCUUCAUUGUGCCCUCCUUCGUUAAGGAGCCUAGCACAAAGCCUUCCAGGUAUCAGUUUAUAAGGGAGAACAAAGAAGAAAAGUCUCAGAAGAUGCUAGAAAAGGCCCGACCCCACACACCCACCAUGGGGCUGCCACCAAGAGCUCAAAUCAAGGACAAGAUCCCUGUCAGGACAGAGAAGCUGGGCCGGCAGAAUCAGACCGGUGAGGUAGCCAGAGGACAGAGGGAAGAGAACAGAAAGGCAGAGCCUGCAGCGAGGAUGCUUGUUCCAGAAACCCCGGGAAGAAUAUUGACAGCCACAGGAGCACUGUUAACAAGGCCGAGAAAGAAAGCCACCAGCACUGGAGCUGUUCCAGCAGAGGAGAAGGUGGCCCAGGUCAAGCCAUCCCCCACCUCUUUCCCUUACCCCACCGCACAAAGAAGGCAAAGGCUGAAGGCCACCAACUUCAAGUCUGAGCCUCAGUGGGAUUUUGAGGAAGACUACAGUUUGGACGUGGGGGGCCUGCGGACGACCUGUCCUGACUCUGUGAAGAUCAGGGCCUCCAAGUCACCGUGGCUACAGAAUAUCUUUCUGCCUAACCUCACUCUCUUCCUGGACUCUGGACGCUUCACCCAGAGCGAGUGGGACCGUCUGGAGCACUUUGCACCGCCCUUUGGCUUCAUGGAGCUCAACCAGUCCUUGGUACAGAAAGUCGUGACCCGCUUCCGUCCCGUACCCCAGCAGCAGCUGCUCCUGGCCGGCCUCCCCUCAGGGAGCUCCAGGUGCAUCACCUGUGCCGUAGUGGGCAACGGGGGCAUCCUCAAUGACUCCCAUGUGGGCCAGGAGAUAGACAGCCACGACUAUGUUUUCCGACUGAGUGGCGCUAUUACUAAAGGGUAUGAGCAGGACGUGGGGACGCGGACAUCCUUCUACGGCUUCACUGCCUUCUCCAUAGUCCAGUCGAUCCUCACCCUGGGUGGUCGAGGUUUCCAGCACGUACCUCUGGGGAAGGAUGUCCGAUAUCUACACUUCCUGGAAGGCACCCGGGACUACGAGUGGCUAGAAGCAAUGUUUAUGAAUCAGACCAUGGCAAAAACCAAACUUUCCUGGUUCAGGCACAGGCCCCAGGAAGUCUUCCGGGACGCCUUGGACUUAGACAGAUACUUGCUGCUGCACCCAGACUUUAUCCGCUACAUGAAGAACAGAUUUCUGAGGUCGAAGACCCUAGACACUGCCCACUGGAGAAUAUACCGCCCCACCACGGGUGCCCUCCUGCUCCUUACCGCCCUUCAUCUAUGUGACAAGGUGAGUGCCUAUGGCUUCAUCACCCAGGGCCAUGAGCGCUUCUCUGACCACUACUAUGAUAAAGUGUGGAAACGCCUGGUCUUUUACAUAAACCAUGACUUCAAGCUGGAGAGAACCGUCUGGAAGCGGCUACACGAUGAAGGCAUCAUCUGGCUCUACCAGCGUCCAGAAAAUCCGAUGGUGAAGAACUAACCAGCCAGGCUGCAGGACUCUCCUGGAUCACACAUGGCAUAGGGCAUCCUCAGAUGUCCCCAGCCAUCUCCCAGGACUCAAACCUGCUCCAAUCCCUUCCAGAGUCCCAAGAAUAGCUGUGAGACCGACGUUUUGGCGCUCUCUGGAAAGUCACUGCAGGCUCUGCGAGUUUCUUGCUCAAACCCCAUACUUAGGAUUUGAGCCAAGCCAUGAGCCAUUUUGUUCAUACCUUACUUUUCAAACUCUGUGUUUGAGGAUUUUGGACUCUGAGACCUAAAAUGACACUAAAGAACAGAUUGAGGCGCUUUGGUAGUGGAUGGAAGAAAAAUAAAACAACACAUAACCAACCAAACAAACAAAAACCCACUACCAACAAAAACUAUUUAGACUUGACACCUAGCACGGGGCCAAAGGGCUUGGGAUUUGCUCAAAUAGUGCAGUGGCGGCUCCAGCCGACAGGGGGCAGCAGCUGAGCGCCUGAGAGCGCGCGGAUUGCCUCUCCUUGUGGUGGGAAGGGGAUUCAAAUGACAAGUGGUGAAAUUUGCUUUGGAGUAAUUGGCCGGGGCAGCGCUCCUGCAGAGUAGAGCCGCUCCAAAGCACAAUGGGGCUCAGGGCUGAGCAGGAUGAAGUUGCCGAGGACAAUGCAAGCUGUGAGGGCAUCCCGAGGUGCAGCUGGGCAGGACAAGCAGGUUUACCCCCCCUCCCCACCAGGGUGGCCUCCAGGGAGGCUGGCUGAAGCGUGCUUCUGCCCGGUGCCCGGGGUCACCCUUUUCCCGUGUGCUGGUUUGGAUAACUCUGGGACUAGCAGGUGAUGUUGGGAGAGGGUCCUGCUGCCGACCACCACCGCCACGUCUCUGAUCUGGAGACUGAUAGUUGCGGCCCCUGCUGCCCUAUCAAUCACCUCAGCUUUGCAGGGGUGGCCACCCCAUUCAGUCAGGCAGGAGAGAAAACAAGAGGACUGCAGAAACAUCCUUUGCCCAAGUCCUUCCCAAGUCCAGGUCCGCCCAAAGUCAACUCAGCCUAGCUGAGCCCCAUUUCGUGGCUUCACUCUGACUACGGGAUCGGAAAAGAGGGGCUCGGUGGUGCAAGCCUGCCUAGCAAGUUCCAAUCCAACACUGAAAGGAAACAUGAUGAUGAUGAUGAUGAUGGUGAUGAUGACGGUGAUGAUGAUGGCUAAAACGUGGGAAAAUAAAAUUCCAGGGCAAAAGGUUGAUUGAGGGAUGUUUAUUGGGGGAGAUAUCACUUACACCAGAAACAGAUGACUGCCGGAGGUUCCCAUUCCAAGGAUGCCUCUGGAUGCUCUCUGUCUCCG